GCAUCAGUUCAUGAUAACCAAGUCUGUGAGUUGUGUGAUAAGUAUCUCACCCUAGCCAUUGAUUACCUCCAAAAUGAGGACAACCAGAAUGCAUUUGUUGAAGCCCUCCACAUGACCUGCUCCCAGAUUCCUCCUUUGCAAAAACAGUGUCUUGCCAUGGUAGAUCGUUAUACCCAACGUUUCUUCACUCAAGUCUCCCUUCUCAAGCCCCACCAUAUCUGCAAAUCCCUUAACCUCUGUCAACCACCCCUUCAUUCCCAAGGAAACUGUGAUGCUUGCCACGAUACUGUCUCUCAACUCCUCCCCAAACUCAAGGAUCCUCAGACUAAGCUCAAGAUAAUUCGCUUGCUUCUCAAAGAAUGCAAGUCCCUCAACAAUUACCAGGACAAGUGCAAGAAGAUGGUGUUCGAGUACGGCCCACUGAUGCUUGCCGAUUUGGAGAAUUUUCUGGAAAAGAAAGACGUCUGUUCUAUCCUUGGCGUCUGUCCCACCCAUAGUUUCUACGUCCUUCCUGCCGCGCUGGCAGAUUCCUAGAUUUGACCACCCACCUUUCUUUCACCUUCAUUCCUUUGGUGGUAACAAUAACAUUCUGCUCUGUGAAAGGUUAUCA